AAGCCAAGCCCAGCCGCCCAGCAUUAGGUUAGCCGGGUGGUAUUUUGAUUGUGUGCCGUUGUGUGCGGAUCAUAACACUGUUUUUGUUCACUAGUUUGUAUAAAUAAAGCACCGCUACUGUCCGCUUGAUUAUUCUAGCGCUCGCAAGAAGAACGUCUGGCAAGGAACGGCGCCGCAGAAUCUUCUAAUGCCUCGAAGACGCAAGAUCACGCCUUCCAGUCAGCCCGUCGAAUUGAAGCAGGAGGAACAGUCUGCAAACCAGAAAGAAGAGCAAUUUUUCGACGUCGGCAACUCGAGGAACCUGUUUGGGUCGAAUAUCUUCUCUAAAGAUGCCAUUCUGGAGGUGGAGAACCGCUUAAAACAAUCGACAGGAAACCAGAACACUGGGCUUGCCAGCAAAUGUACACCAAAGACGAAGGCUGCCGCCGAGAACCUGCACGAGGCUGAUGAUGAGUGUAUCGUCCUGUCCCAAAACAGCAAAUCAAGUACAGCCAGUGGGAAGUCUCUUAGAAGAAGUAGAAGAAAACGGGUCCGGCAACAGACACCUUCCUCUCCUGUGGGUCCCACUAAGGAGACAUUGCAAAUUUUGCAGAAAUUGGAAAUGCUGGAAAAAGCGACUUGCCUGGACAUUACCUCAUCAGACGACGACUCAACAGACAGCUUGGUGUGUCUAGAUGAAAGCCCUGUGUCACUGCCAAAAGAAGAGGAAAACCUGAUUCUCAUGGUGCAAUGCCAGUAUCGAAUGCUCAUGUACACCAUACCUCGGGACAAACCUUUUGCCGAGAUCUUGGAGAAGCUGGCUGACGAGUGUGGUGUGGAAACACGUCAAGUGAUGCUGUUGGCAAAGGAGCAGCCUGUCCAGCCUGAGGACACACCACAAAGCCUUGGCUUGUCAUCAGCCGACAGCCUAAAUUGCAUCAUAAGGAAGUAUGCAGGUAAUUCCAGCAAGACAGCAAAUAUUAUCACGCUGAGGUUCCAGUGUGCCCACAAACACGGCUCAGAGAGCAUUGAAGUAGCCCCGGACGAGCCUUUGCAGAAGGGGGCCAAGACGUUUGCCGAAAAACUUGGACUUCAAUUUUCCAAGCUUGUUUACAAGUUUGACGGAGAGAAAGUGCAGCUUCGCAGCACCCCAGAAGAGCUGGGCAUGGAAGAUGGUGACUGCAUUGAUGUUUCGAUUCGAUCUUGAAGCCAAAUGUUUGGAGCAACUGCGGUCCCACGCAAAAUUUUCGAAAUUAAAUGUAUUGGCAAUAUUGUGGAGAGUAGGAGAAGGGGUAUGGAUAUGGACAUCUAGGAGUGCAUUUUUUAAAUUUAAGAUACUAGAAAAUUUUUCACUUUCUGCCGUAAACUGUCCCUGAAAAGUUUCUUUACACCCACAAUUGUCAUGCAGUGUAUUUUUAAAUUUA